AUGGACAAGAAGACCCAGGGUCUCCAACGAGGCUAUCGUGGAAUCAUCUCAGGCAAGGCGAGAGCCAUCAGCGCGUACAUUCGCCAUGGCGCGAAGCAGUUGCUUCGUUUAACCGAGAAUUUCUCUGGCUACAACGGCCCUGGUCCCGCCGGCGGUUACGAGACCACAACCGAGCACCCCUUGCCCACCGACGAUGACCUCCGUGCCAUGUCGCGGCUUUCACAUAGCAUCGCCCGUGACAUCAGCGAGAUCAGGUCCCUCAGAAAGGAUGACCCGAAUGCGCAUAGGCGGAAGCUCGGAGAGAGCAGCCAGCGGCAAGUCGCCUUCAAGAACGAUGCGCCCGAUCGCGCAUCUCAGCCCCCUGGCCGCCGGGGCCGACGCAAAGUCGAGUUCUCGUGUCACAAGUGCCACCGCGUCGACACCCCCGAGUGGCGGCCCGGUCCGGACGGCCCCAGCACGCUAUGCAACGUCUGCGGGUUGAUAUACGCCAAGAGAGAGCGCAAGAAGGAGGAGUCGACGAUGCCUACCUUUGGGUCGCACAAACUUUCUUGA